ACAACAAAUAUGGCGUCACGGCUCAUCUUUUCCUGGACGUGAUAAGAAUUGUGAAACGUACAACAGAUGAGCUAAAGAAGCGACAACCGGGACAGCACUGCAGAAAAUUUACCGCUGCUGUGCAUCUACACUACACAUACCCGUCUACGCCGGUGAGUCAACGGACACCAUGCCCUCUCCUAAAGCGAAAAACCCCGGUCGCAGCGGAGGAAGCCCGGUGCUCGGGAGCUCCAACGGUCGCUACGAGUUCAUGUCUCUGACAAAGCCGCUAAACCGGUCUUCACCGCCACACCUGCUCCAGCGCCAGGGCUCCGACCCGACCACGGCCCGCCUUCGAGCCUCUGAAAGCCCCACUCGGCGCCGGGGCUCCGGCUCCUCCACGGGCUCCGCGAGCGGUCAGGGGCCACCUGAAGAGGAUGGUAUCCGGCUCAACCCCUCCCUCAUUCGCGUAGCGCUCAGCUCCCUGCUGGCCAUCGACCUGUGGCUGUCCAAGCAGCUGGGAGUGUGUGCCUGUGAGGACUCAUCCUGGGGCAGUGUGCGCCCCUUAAUGAAGCUCUUAGAGAUAUCGGGACAUGGUAUCCCAUGGCUGGCUGGUACCGCCUACUGUCUGUACAAGAGCGACAGUGCUGCAGGACAAGAAGUCAUGCUCAACCUUUUCAUGGGCCUGCUGCUGGACCUGAUCUUGGUUGGCAUUGUUAAGGCGGUGGUGCGUCGGCGUCGGCCAGCACAUAAUCGUAUGGACAUGUUCGCCACCUUUUCUGUGGACCGCUACUCCUUCCCCUCCGGACAUGCCACGCGUGCCGCCAUGUGUGGCCGCUUCCUGCUGGCUCACCUCGUGCUGGCUGCCCCGUUGAGAGUCCUCGUUCUGCUGUGGGUGGGCCUGGUAGGGUUGAGUCGAGUGAUGCUGGGCAGGCACAAUGUGACUGAUGUGAUGUUUGGGUUCUGGAUGGGCUAUUGCCAGUACAACCUUGUGGAAAUGCUGUGGCUGUCCCCUCAAACACUGCAAGGGCUGCUGGGACAGUCAGCUUAAGGACUUAAGGAAAUGGUAAUUUAUAUUUGAGUAAAGGAGCACGUACACACCUUUUUCCCUUAUAGUAAUAUAUUCUCACUGAAUUGAAAGCAGCACUAUUUCUAAAGUUGGGAUCAUUUUAAAAAUACAUUUACUUUGUAACAAAACGAUAUUUGCUGAAGAGAAAUAUGAAUAAUGUUGUGGAGCAUAAAGUUGUGUUAAAACAAAAAUUGUUUUGUUAUAAAAUAAAUGUUUUUAUACAUUCAAAUAAAUAUUAAGAAUACUUUUUACAUCCCAUAAGUGUUGUAUUGGAGAUUAUGCUGACACUAGAGAGUAGAUCUUUAUCAAAAAAACCCCAAAAAAAACGAAGAGUUUUUCAUGUUGUGUGACAACUAAGUCCACUACUAGCCCUCUUUCUGAGGUAGCUGCUAGCUCGUCUAUAACAAGUAGCAGGUUAAUCCCAACAGAUUACAGGAGAACAGGUUUGACCAUUUACCUUGAAGUUCUCUAACUCACUUAUGACACUUCUGUAGCUUGAUUCAAGGAUACAAUAUAAAGUCUAAACUCAAUUUUACAUUCACAACACAGUUUAAUGGGCUCUUACUUACUUUACACAUCCACAAACUUUAUAAGCAAGCUCAGUUCAGUCUUUACAAAAUCUAGCAAAAAGUUUUUAAAAGUGAAACAGAUGUGUUGAACACAAUGUUAUGCUACCACAACAUUCCACCAGUGGCAGCUUAUUCGCGUGCAUCAAAAGAAGUGUACUUUAGAGUUGCUGCACAGCUUUAAACACUGUCUGAAAGUUUACAGUGAAAUAAGUUGUUCAAUCUGGAAACCAUGGCAAAAACGUAUUAAAUAGUAGUAUUUAUUAAACAUAAUGGGAAAAACUGAAUUAAAAAUAUCCAGAAUGUAACUUGUUUUAUAAUUUAUGAAUCAGACAUGCUGGGUUUUUGUUUUUUGUUUUUUAAUGAAAGAUUGUAUAACUACUCUGUGAAUAGUUUUUUUUUUUUUUUCACAAUUCACAUUUGCUUGCUGACAUCAAAUGAAAACUGCACAUAUAGCAAACUUGCUUACCUGUCUUCACCUGCCCCCCUCUAGCCUUUCUAGGAGCUAAUCAUGAUAUAAGCCCUAACAUGUCCUCAAAGCUUUGUUCACAGAGCACAGAGGGCCUUUUUUCUUCUUUACGUGACUACUGAUCAGAUAAGAAGACAUAACAUUCUUUUAAGGAGGCACAUCCAAACCCUCAUAAAGAUUAAUUGCACCCCAUAUAUUUGUCUGUUUCACUUUAACACUAUCUCUCUUUCAUUAAUAGUCAACCAAAACUGUACAUGUAACUGAUAACUUAUCAGCUCUGAAGGAUUACAUACACUUAACCGUAAUGUUAUCAGGUCGUCUACAUAUAUCACUUGCAGAAAUUUGCAAACGCAGUAUAGUUGGCAUAUCAGAAUUGUACAGUGUAUUUGCUUAAAGAGACAAUUCACCCAAAAAUCAAUUGGCUUAAGAGUUGUCUUCACUUAAAUGGAAUAAGACACUGCACAUUUGUCUUUAUUAGGCAGGAAUGUAUAAUGCACACACUUGGGUCUUAAGUACUACAGGAGUAUAUACUGUAUAUAGACGUUUUCAUUGUGAAAUUUACUGAAAAACUAAUGAAAAAAAGUAACUUGAUUCACUUGAAUGACUCACAGGUGUGCUAUUUUAAAUAUAUAUAAAAGAUUGUAAAUAUAUUGCAUGGUUAGGUUUUUUCAUUCACAUUUAAAUGCUCUUGGACAUUAAAUACAUAAUCAUAUAUGAAGGGGGAAAAAAUAAUGAUCUGUAGUUUCAUUAACCAAUUUUUCAGUCUUGUUUUCUGGUUUUCUUUUAAGCCCUUUGCUGCAUUAGAACUUUGCACAAAAAGUAAAAGUUUGGUUGAUUAUUUCUUUGUUGUAGCAAUGCUUCUGGGCGAUAAAUCGUAUACUGCUGGAGAGCCUGUUGUUUCCCCCUAAAUGGUGCCACAUUUGUAAGGGAAAUGCAUUUGUGGGUUGUGCAGCAGAGUUGAGUAUUUGCGUUGCACCUAUGAGAAACUUGCCAAAUCUUCUCUGCCAAUGCCAAACAGCUUAUUCUGCUAUUGAUUCUUUGUUUUUGAGCUUCUGACUAGCAGCACCAGUGACCCUGCCAGUUAGUGCUCCAAACAUGCUACGUUUGACUGAUCUGGAUAGGGCUCUUGCCAACUUCAAGAGCAACUUCAAGGGGAUGUUGUCCAAAAUAAAAUUGCAGCAUUAUUUGGAGUGAGCUCUAAUACCUUCUCCAAAUUAAAGAUCAAGUUCCAUAUAACGGAUGAAGUCAGAAGUAGGCCAUGAAGCGCAUGUCACAAGAAGACAACACCACAUGAAAACCAUUUCCUCACCCUGUCAGAACCUCGAAACUGCAGGCUGUCUUCUACAGAGGACAAAAUGCUGGACAAUAUCAUGACUGCCCUUCACAGUAAGGCCCAUUUGCAUUGUUGGUGUGAGUAACAUGUGCACUGAAACCUGAAAGUGUGGAGGAACAUUCAGUAAUGCGUCCAGAUUCUGUCCACAGCAGUCAGAUCGCCUGUUAAAGUAUGGACUCACUACUUUUGAACAUUGAACGGGGUCCUUCCAGAGUUUGGAAGUUGAGAAGAUGGUGUUCGUUGAUUUCCAAUGAACACAUAUGGGAUCAACUUGUGCGUGCUGUUUGUGCGAGAGUUACCAGCACAACCAGACUGGCUGAUUUGUGACAAAUACUGGUUGAAGAAUGGGAUGCGAUCCCAUAGCAGUGUGUGACCAACCUGGUAACCAGCAUUAGCAGGAGAUGCCAGGUUAUUGUGGCUGCGUAUGGUUCGUCCGCAUGCUACUGAAGCCCGAUUGUUAAUUUACAAACUGCUAAAUUGCCAACAUGUCUUGUGUCUUCAAACCUCAAUAAUUCAACUCAAUAAACGACACAAACAAGAGUAAAGAGCAGACUAAGUUUUGCAUUGCCAGAGGAGAUUUGGCAAGGUUUUCAUGGGGGCAAACCACGUACUCAAUACUUCUGCU